AAUUAGGAUUUAGAGAGAGGAAGCGACUUGCUCAAGGUCACACAGCUCUCAUUUUCAAGGGGUUGCUGGAGGAGGAUUAUAAUUAUGGGAGUCAGGGGCUUGACAGAUAGGGCCGGAGUCACUGUAUUCGCUUCCAUAUUACGUCGCAGUCCCUCAAACCCGGGUUUAGGUGUGAGGGUUGUGUGCGUAUGAUCCUUGCCCCUGUGAGUGUGGGUGUGUCGUUGGAGUGAAGGGAGUGUGAUACCGCACACUGCAGUCCUUUCUCUACCGAGCCCUCCUUCCAUUUUUUGCGCAGAACUCCCCCUUCUCGCUCUGAAUGUCUCCUUUUGGGGCAGAGGGAGGGAUUCUCCCAGAUUCCCACGGUCCAGCCUUCUGCUAGGCGCGGCUCCUUUAAGACUCGCCCUUUCCCGGGUCUGUUAAGGGGGCGGGGGGGGCGUGAUGCUGUGGGCCCGCCCCUGGUUUCUGAUUGGUCGGCGGGCGGACGGGGGCGGGCCCGAGGGUGAGGGCCUCCCCGCUGCUCGGUACCCUCCGCCCCCCGGUCUGGGGCUCCGGGUAAAGUUUCAGCCUCCGCACGUGACUCGCCAUGGCCGCUGCUUUCGCCCCGCGCCCCUGAGCCGCGGCCCCCCAAACCGCUCCUCUCCCUGGACCCCGCAACCCCUGACGCCGAACGGCUCCAAGGCUCAGGGUCAGGGCAGACGCCGUGCUCGCGGGCGACCCGGACGGAUUGCUUCCCCCCACUGCGAGCAUCACAGGACAUGGCCUCCCCAGCCACCUAGCUCGGGCCCACCUAGGAGAGGGAUCCUUUCGGCGUCCUGAAGGCCAGCUCUGGACCUUCCUGGGAAAGUGUCAGCUCACAGAAGUGCGUGACCAAAGGACCGGCUCUUGGGACGUCCCCCAGCCCACCUGGCCCCCAACUGGAGUGGGGGCUCCAGGAGGCUGAGAUCAGCCUGCUAGCCUUGGACCGCAGCUCCAGGACAGAAGGGGGGGUGGGCUGACCACCCAAACCCGCUCUGGGCCCAGGCCCCAUGACCCGAGGAGAGGCGGCCUGAAGCCUGCCAGAGCCUUCGGCCAGACUGUCUGCCUGCCCUUCUGACUGUGGCUGCUUGGCAUGGCCAGUAACAGCAGCUCUUGCCCAACACCUGGGGGCGGGCACCUCAAUGGAUACCCGGUGCCCCCCUACGCCUUCUUCUUCCCCCCCAUGCUGGGUGGACUCUCCCCACCGGGCGCUCUGACCACUCUCCAGCACCAGCUUCCAGUUAGCGGCUAUAGCACGCCAUCCCCGGCCACUGCCAGCACUUUGACCUGGGAGUGGGAGUUGGAAGCCCGCCCGCCGAUUCUGGCCUGGUCUUCAGUCUAUGCUAGGUCAGGAGGAGGCUGGACCUUGGGUGUACCCUUCAAAGACCCGGGGGCCUGUGGAAGGACAGAACUGUUCUCCAGGUCACUGGGGACAGGCUGGAGGGAAAGACCGAUAAGAGGCCUGGGCCAGAUCUCCAUCCUGUCCUGGAAGCUGCGGAUACAAUCUGUUCACACCCAUCCUCGCCCCCAGAUCAGCCCACUGCAGCCCGGGGAGUUUGCAGAGCUCAGCGGGCACCCUCCUUCCAUCUCCAUCCAGACAGACACUGUAGGAACAGAGUCCAUUGAGACCCAGAGCAGCAGUUCCGAAGAGAUAGUGCCCAGCCCCCCCUCGCCACCCCCUCUCCCCCGCAUCUACAAGCCUUGCUUUGUCUGUCAAGACAAAUCCUCAGGCUACCACUAUGGGGUCAGCGCUUGUGAGGGCUGCAAGGGCUUCUUCCGCCGCAGCAUCCAGAAGAACAUGGUGUACACGUGUCAUCGGGACAAGAACUGCAUCAUCAACAAGGUGACCCGGAACCGCUGCCAGUACUGCCGGCUGCAGAAGUGCUUCGAAGUGGGCAUGUCCAAGGAGUCCGUGAGGAACGACCGAAACAAGAAGAAGAAGGAGGCGCCCAAGCCCGAGUGCUCUGAGAGCUACACGCUGACGCCGGAGGUGGGGGAGCUCAUCGAGAAGGUGCGCAAAGCGCAUCAGGAGACCUUCCCCGCCCUCUGCCAGCUGGGCAAAUACACUACGAACAACAGCUCAGAACAGCGUGUCUCUCUGGACAUUGACCUCUGGGACAAGUUCAGUGAACUCUCCACCAAGUGCAUCAUUAAGACUGUGGAGUUCGCCAAGCAGCUGCCCGGCUUCACCACCCUCACCAUUGCGGACCAGAUCACCCUUCUCAAGGCUGCCUGCCUGGACAUCCUGAUCCUGCGGAUCUGCACGCGGUACACGCCCGAGCAGGACACAAUGACCUUCUCGGAUGGGCUGACCCUGAACCGGACCCAGAUGCACAAUGCCGGCUUCGGGCCUCUCACGGACCUGGUCUUCGCCUUCGCCAACCAGCUGCUGCCCCUGGAGAUGGAUGAUGCUGAGACCGGCCUGCUCAGUGCCAUCUGCCUCAUCUGUGGAGACCGGCAGGACCUGGAGCAGCCAGACAGGGUGGACAUGCUUCAGGAGCCGCUGCUUGAGGCACUGAAGGUCUAUGUGCGGAAACGGAGGCCCAGCCGCCCACACAUGUUCCCCAAGAUGCUGAUGAAGAUCACAGACCUGCGAAGCAUCAGUGCUAAGGGGGCUGAGCGGGUCAUCACGCUGAAGAUGGAGAUCCCGGGCUCCAUGCCACCUCUCAUCCAGGAAAUGUUGGAGAACUCAGAGGGCCUGGACACUCUGAGCGGACAAGCGGGGGGCGGAGGGCGGGAUGGGGGUGGCCUGGCUCCCCCGCCCGGCAGCUGCAGCCCCAGCCUCAGCCCCAGCUCAAACAGAAGCAGCCCGGCCACGCACUCCCCGUGACUGCCCGGGGACACAGCCCUUGCCCCGUGCCCUGGCUUUUCUCUGCCUUUCUACCAACCAUGCGACCCCUGCCAGCCCUGCCCCCCACCUGUCCUCCCUUCCCUGGGGGACCGGAGGGAGGCGGUGGCGACUCUUCGGACAGAGGCCCGGGCCUGCGAUGGACUGCCCGCUCCUGCAGAUGUCAGGGCUGACAUCGGGGGCAAGGACUGAGUGAGGACCCCUGGUCCCGGGCCUCAGGAUGGGGCCCGGGGGCCUCGUGUUCAUCAAGACACCCCUCUGCCCACCUCUCCACAUCUUCAUCACCAGCAAAUGCCAGGACCUGGCUCCCCCAUCCUCAGAACUCACAAGCCAUUGCCCCCCCGUUGGGGAGCCCCCCUGCCUCGGUUGGUGACAGAGGGGGUGGGCCGGGGUGGGGGACUCCCCCUGUACAUACCCUGCCGUACCAACCCCCAGGUAUUAAUUCUUGCUGGUUUUGUUUUUAUUUUAAUUUUUUUUUUUUUUGGUUUUGAUUUUUUUAAUAAGAAUUUUCAUUUUAAGCACA